GUUUUUGUUUAAAAAUAUUCUUACGAUUUUAAAACACGGAAAAAAAAUCAAAUUUAGAUAAAUUACCAUCAGGUACAUCAUAUUUUAAUUGAUGAAACGAGAUAUUUAAAUGGUCUCUAACAUACACAUCAUUUUUGGAUGAAUAAAUUUCAACUCGUGAUGUUAAUUACUUAACAUCAUAAAGUUAAGGGAUGUUGUCAUGCAUAACAUAUACUUCGUGUAGGUAAGUAUAGAUUAGUUUAGUUUGCAUGGUUAGCCAUAUGAUGAUCAAUAUUUCAUGUAGUCAGUAAUAAUUUUCCUAUUUUUUAACGGGUUAGAUUUUUUCUCAAGAGCUUGUUUUCACUUUAUUGAUGUGUUGUAGGGAUGGGAUGGAACCGGAUAUCCGGAUAUUUAAGGUAUCCAGAUUCGGAUCCGGACUUGUCAGAUCCGUGGAUUUAAUAUCUGAGUCCAUAUUUGUGGUUUCCGGAUAUCCAGAUUUCAUAUAUCCGUCUAGAUAUUGUACUACCCGCGGAUAUCUUGACCUGGAAUUUGACUCAUAAAAAAUAAUUAAAAAUAUUUUUAAAAAAAUACUAAAAUUCUAAAAAUAAUGUAUAAAUUAAAUAUUUAUACAAGAUUUAUAAAUAUAUUCAUAUGUAUAUAAAAUUAAAAUUAAAAUAUAACAUUAUAAAACUAAUUUUAUGUAUAAGUAUUAAUAAAUCUUAAUAAAAUUAAACCUUCUAAAAAUACAGAUCUGGAUCUGGGUAUUUAGACCUAAAAAUCAAGAUAUCGGGAUCUGGAUUCGGUUUUGACGGAUCUGAGAUUUUCUAUCUGGAUCAGGAUUUGGGCAUUCCGGAUAUCCUAUUUUCGGAACGGAUCUUGGAUCGAAUCCGGAUCCCGGAUAAUAAUUCCAGGGCUCAUGCGAUGUAUCAUAUCAAUUUUUAUGUUAUUAUCUUUGAUUGAGAAUAUUGAAUAAACGAAUUUUAGACUAAAAAGUAUAUAUAGCGGACAAUGCUUUUCAAGGAGGUUAAGUUGAGCAGUAUUUAUAUUAUAGAAAUGUAAUUUAGUUAAGACCACCUAUUCAAAAUUUUGACAUGCCGACAUUACGUACGUCGUAAAUGACCAACCAGCAAACUGUAUAUUACGCUUAAAUGAAUAUUGAUUUUCAUUUUCUUAUAGUAGUGUACAGCUUACUUGCUAUGAUAAACAAAAACAAAGACCUCAAACGCAAACUACAAAAUAACUUUCUUUGGUUCCCUAUGCAAUAUGAAAAGUGAAGAGUUCUUAAUUAGCACAGAAUUUUCCAAGCUUAACUUUUUGACUUUUAUCUCUCUAAUCAUCUGCUAAUCAUCCCUUCACAUCACUAUAAAAAGCACCACGUACCAAAGUUCGUGAUAUCAUAUUUUGUUAGUUUCAAAUUAUAAUUUCUUUUAAAAAAAUGCCGAUCCUAACUCCGGCCAUCAGACUCGUGGUUUUCAGGCAAAGUCUUCGACCACAUUCCGCUGUUGCAUUCCUCGUUGAGUUCCUCUGCUUUGUCUUAGAGCUACUUGACAAGGAGAAAGAUCUAGCAAAGAUAUUCGGCAUCGUUUCUGCUUGUGACACAUUAAUCUUCACUAUGCUCGAUAUAAUCCAAAAUCUGAUCGAAGGAGGAGUGAAAAUACGAAGAUGCGGUCAAGUGUUUUGGCUUUACAAAAACGAUGGGAGUCUCUAUUGGCACACACUAAACGCGUAUUUACUGAUGUUGUCCAUUGUCCACGUCAUUGGCUCCGCAAUUUCAUAUAGGUCUCGUAGACGUUAUCUAGUCUUGCUCCCGCUUUUUGUUGCUGGCCUAGAGCUUCUUCCUCAAGAGGCAUAUCAGAUUCUUGGAAAUGAUCAGAGUCAAAACCUUCAAGAUUACGUUGAGCCAGAUCAAGUUCCACGAGAUUGUAUUGGGCCUCUUCAGAAUCCAUUAGAUGGUAUUGAGCUGGAGGAAGGCGAUAGAGUGCCGGAUCAAGAAGUUGCUGACCAUGUUGCGCCUGAUGGUGUCUCAUAAAAUAUUAAGGCCUAAGCUGAAAAGACACCGUAUUGUAUAUAUGUAUAUAUAUGGGUGUAUGGUGGUGUUCAAAAGAAAAAAGGGUGUAUGGAUGUUUGGUACUUUGUCUUAAAAAUGCUAUGUACUUGUCGUUGUAUACGAUUCUAAUUAUAAAGACAAUAGGCAUGUCGGAUGCGGUAAUGUAAAAGAAUAUUUACAACAACUUCUUAUGAAUUAAAAAAUGAAAGUACGUACUUAAAAUGUUUUUAUUGUGAAUGUUUUAUUCAAGCAAUUAUGUUUGAGUUAGUGACAUUUGAAUAAUUUCUUGUAUGUUUGAUGUUGAGCUGGUAAUUUUUGUAUAUAUUUGUUUAUGUAUCUAUUUAGUCAAAUUUUGUAUAUAUUUACAACAAUGCAUAUAUUUGUUUAUGUAUUUAGUCAAGUUUUUUUCUUUUUUUUUCCAUUUUUUUCUCGUUUCUUCACUUUUUACUCUCUACAAAGAACUGUUCCUUGAUAGAAACUAGCCAAGCAUGUGUUUGAAAUUUUUUUUCUAUAAUAAUUUUAGGGGCUAAUGAUGAAGAUUUAUAUUCAAAAGUUCUGGUGGUACUAGGCUGGUUAGGAUCAUCAAGGAAGGAUGCGCAAGAUGUAAACAUAACAGGCCCAUCAAGCAUGAAGAAUGAAGAGGUGAUGGGCCCUCGACAACAAGUGAAGCCCACAGCUCUACAUUCAAAGACUCCAACGGCUAAGUCAGCAAAAUGUAAAGACAACGCUUCCUCAGCUACAGACAAACAGAGUACGAACUCUGUCAUUAAGGUUCAGAACAGAUAUGGUCUCCUCUCUGAUAAUGAGUCUUGAGAAGAGCUUUACAGCCAAGCAGAAUAUGCUACAGGAUAUUCCUUUAGGUCUAGACAAGUUCUCUUAGUAUAAAUAAGCUAUCUUGUAAAACCCUAAGACUUGAGUGAAAUAAGAAUGAAGAGUUUAAACCAUUGAAAUUGUCUCUCUGUUCUUCUCUGUUUCUCUGUAAUUACUUACACAAGAUUUGACUCUCAUUGGAUUUUUUUUUUCAUCUGGUUUUAUUAAUACGAUCAACAAAGGAUACAAGAGUAAGAUUCUACAAACGGAGGACCACAAGACUGUCCCCGAUAACCAAAGCCGGAAGAAACACGAGAUAUUCCCGGAGACUGAGCCCAAACCAGGGAAACAAACAUUCAAACAACACUUAACAUUAAACACAUAAUAGGAAACUGAAAUCAUAACAGACUGGCACAAAACCACGACGAGCAAACCUCUAAACAUCUGGAAAUCCAAUGAAAGAUAUCUACUGGGGGAUUGGGGAAUGCCCUCAGCUCAAUUUUUAUUACAUUCUUUUUGUAAAUAAAUUUUUUGUGGACCAAAUUACUUAUUUCUGCUUGGCAUAUAUAUAUAUAUUAAAUCCGACACUGUCUCUAUAUAUGUUAAUCUUACUUGAUGAAAUACAAAUUUGAUA